AUGCAGCUUUCCAACGUCGUCUUAGCCUCCAUCGUCUCCGCCGCCACCGCCGCCGCCGAGUCCACUAACACCUUCAUCUUCUCCAGAGACCACAACACCUACACCGUGACUCUCCACGGCUCCAAAGCUGAGCACCUUACAACCACCCACAAGACCAUCGAGAAGCCCCACCACACGCUCACCAAGACCUUCUUCACGUGGAUGGGCGAUGGUGCUGCACCCACCGACGUCGACUACGGCACAGACUCGGACUCGGACACUGAUUCCGACUCUGACUCGGACGACGACAUCACCACCGGCUCGUCCAAGACUUACAUCUUCUCGUACCCACACAACACGUACACGAAGACGCUCUAUGGAGAAAAGGCCUAG